AUGGCGCAGGGCAUAACCGGAGAGAAGUAUUGGGAGGAUAGAGUAGCCUUCGAAACAGAAGGAGCAGGUCAAGAAGUUGUAGAAUAUGGUGAUGUUUUGGAGCUUAAUCGAUUUGACGGACUACCCUACUCCUCUCGAUAUUACACAUUACUGAAGGAAAGGAUGGAUCUGCCAGUUUGGAAAGCCAAGUGUGAUUUCAUGGACAAGCUGGCCAACAGGCAGUUUAUUAUUGUCUCUGGCACUGCAAGAACUGGCAGAAGCUCUCAGAUUCCCCAGUGGUGUGCAGAGUUCUGCCUGUCUGUCCAGUACCAGAAUGGCAUGGUGGUGUGCACCCAGGUCCACAGGCAACAUACAGUGGAUCUGGCCCUGCGUGUAGCUGAUGAGAUGGACGUCAACAUCGGCCAUGAAGUGGGCUACAGCAUCCCCCUAGAGACAUGCUGCUCUGGUGACACUGUUCUCAGGUACUGCACUGAUGACAUGCUGCUCAGAGAGAUGAUGUCAGACCCCAUGCUGGAGCACUACGGCGUCAUCAUCAUCGACCAAGCCCACGAGAGGACGGUCAGUACAGAUGUUCUACUGGGCCUUCUCAAAGACAUCACCCUGCAGAGGCCCGAGCUCCGCGUGGUGCUCCUCACAGCUACACACCCAGGACCCAAACUACUGGGCCACUACAGGAAUGUCCCACUGAUCCAGCUGGAGGGGGUAUGUUCAGCGGAGGUGGUGUAUACUGGUACCAGCCACAAGGACUACUUCUGCUCUGCCCUGCGUCUGGUUCUGGAGAUACACCACUCCCAAGAGGAAGGGGAUAUAGUCGUGUUUUUGGCCACAACUCAAGAGAUAGAUCUUGCCCGUGAUAUCCUCCUUCGCGAGGAGGCCAAUAUACCCCCACAUCUAGGGGAACUUCUCCCUAUCUCGGUGCACCCUGGGCUGGGUGGAACUCUGCCCAUGCCGGGUGAAGAGGAAGGCCGGUGCAGAAGAGUAUUCCUCACCUCCAGUCCAAAUGAAGACCUCUUUUGGGCUGUGCACAUGCUGAACUUUGUCAUUGAUGCCGGUGUCCAGAAAAGAAAUGUUUAUAACCCUAGGAUCAGGGCGAACUCAGUCGCCAUUCAACCUAUCAGUCGGAUCCAAGCAGAAAGCCGCAAACAGCUUGUAGGACCAACAGGGAAGAGUUUUUGUCUGUACCCAGAGGACACACCCCUGCCCAGUGAGACACGCCCCCACAUCCUUGAGUCUGACAUCACAUCCACAGUGCUCUUCCUGAAGAGGAUGGACAUCGGCGGUCUGGGCCGCUGUGACUUUAUCGACAGGCCAGAUCCUGAGGGUCUGAUGCAGGCCUUGGAGGAACUGGACUAUCUAGCAGCCCUGGAUGACGAUGGGAACCUGUCGGAGAUCGGCAUCAUCAUGUCUGAGUUCCCCCUGGAGCCCCAGAUGGCCAAGACACUACUGGCCUCCUGCGAGUUUGACUGUGUCAACGAGGUGGUCACCAUAGCCGCCAUGCUGACAGCACCAAGCUGCUUCCUGGUCCCCUCAAGGGAGUUGAGGCUAGAGGCCUCUCAGUGUCACCUGAAGUUCCAGCACCCAGAGGGAGACCACUUCACCCUCAUCAACAUCUACAAGGCUUUCAAACAGAACCAGCAUGAGCCUUUUGUCAGUGUGGAGAAGUGGUGUCAGGACUACUUCCUGAGUCUGUCUGCCCUGCAGACGGCUGAUGCUAUCCGCUCUGAGCUGACUGACAUCCUGAGGAGGAUAGAGCUGCCUGUCUCCAUGCCUUCCUUUGGCUCCAAGGGAAACACUCUCAACAUUAAGAGAGCGCUGCUAGCUGGCUUCUUCAUGCAGGUGGCAAGGGAUGUGGAUUCAUCAGGGAAUUACUUCAUGUUGACACACAAGCACGUGGCCCAGAUCCACCCUUUCUCUGCCUACGGCACCAAGACACCCAAACUAGGCCUGCCGGAGUGGGUCCUCUUCCAUCAGUACUCCUUCUCAGAGGACAACUGCAUCCGCACCGUGUCCCACAUAUCACCAGAGGAGUUCAUUCAGAUGGCUCCACAAUACUUCUUCUUCAACCUGCCUCCCAGCGAGAGCAAGGACAUCCUCCAGAACAUCUUAGACAAUGGAGCUGAACACUACAAAGCGAAGAAGAUUCAAAAGAGCCCCAGCCUAGAGAGCAUACCAGAAGUCACCGCCAGUUGUAUCAUACAAUGAUUGUGAAGGCUUUGGUUGAGAAUGUCUUAGAGGCAGAAACUCCCUACUCAUUCCCCGGUACUGUAUUAUAUGAUCAUUUUCACCAGUGUUACCUCUCAGUCAUCUCAUCACCAGUGUUACCUUUCAGUCAUCUCAUCACCAGUGUUACCUUUCAGUCAUCUCAUCACCAGUAUUACUUUUGAGUCAUUGAAACUUAGAAUAAUGUUAAU